GAGAGGCUGUGAUAUCAGUGAAACAAACAUGGCAGGAUGAUCUGAUCUUCGGUUCUUCGCAACCAAAAUUCAACUUCAGGAUUUUGAAUGCAAAAAUGAACGAAAUAACAUAACCUCUGGAUAUUAAAUAUGAGACUAGUGUAAAAUUCUAGAGAACAACAUGGCAACAAGCGAAGAAAAUGAACUAAAGAUGCGACGAGAGUCAAGCGAGAAAGAUGAUAGUGAUGUCCAUGACGAGAAAGAGUCUGAUGCAGACAAGCAAUUAUCAGUGCCAUAUCACCAUAUACCUGCGCUGUCCAAGUCCCGUGUGUUUUUCCUCAACAUCUCCUGGUUUGGCCUCAAUGUUAUGUACCUUAUCUUAUCUGUUGAAGUUGUUCCAUCCCAAGUUCAUGCACUUGUUGGCUCAGAAAACAAAGGCCAGGUUCUUGGAGGCAUGGUAGCAGCAGGAGCUGUUGUGACAUUCUUUAUCAGUCCACUUAUCGGAAUGAAAAGUGACAGACUGGUAUCUCCGUAUGGAAAGAGAAGACCACUUAUGGUCGCAGGCUCACUUCUCUUAUGCAUCGGACUGUUUGGGAUGGCUUUUAGUGCUCCUGAUAUCGAAAGUGACAGCUCAAAUGCCACGUGUUCCAUGGAUCUAGCAUUCAAGAGAUGUAUACCAUACAUGAACAUGAGCCAGUUCCAGCAUAGAGGGAACAUGUCCGAGUUUGCGGACGACAUUGAGAGCAGCUUUUUGCUCGAUAUACUGAUGCAGCGUGAAGACUCGCGGGGAAAUGUCGGUCUAUACAUCGCCUUUUAUCUAUGCGUAAUGGCUUGCUAUGCAGUGAUGAAUGUGCCGUACAACGGAUUAAUCGCCGACCAGACACCACCAUCACAAAGAGGCUUUAGCUCGGGCGUGAUGGGAGCGAUGACUCUAGUAGGGAACGUCACAGGAGCAGGCAUCGGUCUUUUCUUCCCGCGUCUGGGCGUGGUGGGGACGUAUGGUCUGAUCGCCAUCCUGUACUUCGUCUGUGUCAUACUCACCGUGGUGUCAUGCCCUGAGACGCCAGGGAAAACAACGCAUCAACCCCUGAGUGUGAAGAUGAUAUUUCUUGCUUACUGGGAACCCCUGAAAGAGCGGGACUUUAGAUGGGUGUUUCUUACUCGAUUUUUGAUGCAACAGGGCGUGGCUACUGUCACAGGGUUCCUUGAGUUCUGGCUGGGCGAUAUGGUCACUCUACCAAACUGCUGGCCGCCUGAGCGAGGCGUCGCCAUGCUACUGCUUCCCUUGCUGUUCGCGGCGGCCAUCUUUUCUGUAGUUGGUGGUUUCCUGUCAGACAAACUGCGAAGACGUAAACCUCUCGUUUUAGGUUCGGCGAUCUUGAUGAGUAUAUGUGCGGUCAUAUUAGCUGGAUUGCAAGGGAAGUAUGCUUUCUACGCAGCCAUUCCAGUAUCUUUGACAUUCGGUAUCGGCUUCGGAGCUUAUUGCGCAGUGGAUUUCGCCCUUGUCAUGGACGUCUUGCCCGAUGAGAAGGACAAGGCUAAAGAUUUAGCCAUCUGGCAUCAGGCGCUGGUGCUUCCCCAAGCCAUCGCUACUCCAGUUGGAGGAAUAAUUAUCGACAUGUUCGAAAAAUGGCGCUGUGACAUUGGCCUGGGUUACAUUAUCUUGUUCCUUGUGACGUCAUCCUACUUCGCGCUCAGUGGCGUCUUCGUUAUGAAGAUCAAGAACGCGUCUUAGACGUGGCGACACUGCCUCUGGCUCUUUUCGGAUAACCAAAUUGGACUAAGAAAUCACCUGAUUUUUGUGGCAAACUCGCGCACGUUCCGGUAUUUAUUUGACGGCAGACUGAUAACAACGAAAAAUAGCUUAUUUAGCGUUUACGAGUCGGCCAGAAAGUUUCUGUUAGAAAGGUCUUAUUUUCAUUGAGAUAUUUUUUUUUUCGUCGCUUUUUGGUGUGAUGUCCAGAGCCAAUUCUGUGAUUACUCUAGCUCGAUUUGUCACUGUAAUGUCUAAGUCGCCUAUGCGCCCGAAUUGCGUGUAUACAACAGUAUACACGUACACAAGUAGCUCUAGGGGCGUGUCUAGAGAAAAUGCCAGGUUUGGGACCAGAGUGAUAAUUUACCUACCCUGGAUUACGUAUCCUUAGUUCUGGUAAUAAUAAUCCCCUCCCCCCCUUCUCUUGACACGUGCCUGGGCUCUGACUGAAAUGCGCCAAAUUUGUAUAUCUUCCAGAUUUGUUGAAAUUGGUGCCUAAAUGCUGUCAGUUUUUGACUAAAUAAUUUUGAUUAUUUAUUUUCAAGAUGUUUUUUUUGUUAUGAAGGAUGUAUUGGGGAAAAUACGUUUAUUUCUUGUUUCUGCGGCUAAGCACAAAAAGGAAUUGAUGCGUGCGUCAAAUUUCCAUGCUAUGUAAAUCAAGAAAAAAAAUGCGCGCUUAUAUCUAUGUUUUCAAAUUUUCUUGGGGAGGGUGAAUUAUUUGUAAAGAAGGGUAAUAAAUUCAUUAACAAUUAA